GCUUUUUGAAAGGUUAUGUAAAGGAAAAACGAGAUUUAAAAAUUUGAAUAUGAUUUGAAUAAUUUUUAAAAAUGAGAAUGCAACAAAGUGUACGUUAUAUCAGUUACAAAACAUUGAGGACCUGGUACGCUAAUUUGGUUAAACCAAAACCUAAUGAUCCACCUUAUAGUCAUAUUGUUCAAAUAGGUGAUCCAAAUUUACGAGUAUCAUCAGAAGAAAUUUGUGAAGAUGACAUUUGUAGACCCGAGGCUCAAUAUCUUAUUAAAAAAUUACGAAAUGCCUUCCAAAGUAAUAACUGUGUAGGACUGUCAGCACCACAAAUUGGAAUACCUCUGCAAGUUGUAAUAGCAGAAUUUAAUGAAAAACACUUGAAAGGAUAUCCAAAAAAUGAAAUUAAAGCUAAGGAGAUGACUAUUCAACCACAAACAGUAAUUAUAAAUCCACAAAUAAGAAUUGUAGAUUACACAAAGGUGGUUUUUCCAGAAUCAUGUGAAAGCAUGAAGGGAUAUUACGCUGAGGUACCUAGGUAUAGGUCUAUUGAGGUAAAAGGAUUUAAUGAAAAAGGUGCUUUAUUCUCCAUUUUAGCCCAUGGAUGGUGGGCACGAAUACUUCAACAUGAGAUAGACCACCUCCAAGGAAAAAUGUAUGUAGAUAUCAUGGAACCUAGAUCAUUAACUUGUUCUUGCUGGCAUGAAGUGAACGAGAGAGGAGGAAGAGUGCAUAUACCUUUAGGAACUAAAUAAAAAAUGUAAAAAUCUAGUCAUAUAUUUAUUUUCUACAAUACGUUGUGAAAUGAAAAAAAAAAUAUAUAUAUACAUAUACAUUU